GCGGAAUGUGGAAUGUGGAAUGCUAGAAUCUUUUAUACUUUGCCCCGACCGUUCAUAUUAGACGAUUGCUGUCUGCAUUUAUACAUCGAAUAUACGACUCCUCUCGUUGUUAACAAAGUGACAGAUGUCUAUUUAUAACACUGACCUCAAUCUACAGUCUAGGGAAGUUACGCCAUACUUCGUAGAUAGAGAUAGAGAGCCCUAUUCCCCACCAAGGCCAAGGAUAAUGCGCUGAUCUACCCAGCUAGUAGUCUCGAGCCAGUCCAUGCCACCAGUGUCGCUUCAACCCACUUCUUGCUCAUAACAAUCGUCUGCGCGUAAAUGCACCGACGACCUAUGAAGGAUCAUUGAUUUAUCAGAAUCAUCCCGGAAUUUCAAGAGAAGUGGACUCAUAAAGAACCGCAUGAUACACAAGUAAAGAAAUCCUUAGCAUUCACCACCUACCUAGUGAUUUGAGUGACUAGCGUUCUUGUGGCCCUUUCAUCGUGCCACUCAAGAAGCUCGCAUUACCAACAACACCCCACUUCACCUCGUCGUGCUACCCCUCCACGCCCGUCGCCAGACAUGCUCUCCAAGAUAUUUAUUUUGAUCUGUGCUGCUUCCAUGAUUAACUGUCAUUGCAAGAUAUAUAGGUACCAUCACGUUGAAGCAAGCAGUAAUACUUCGGGUCGGGUCGCUGGUGUACCAUAGUCAAAAGAUAUGGUUUCUACGAUUGUGCAUUUGCCAAAUGGCUACCACAUAACAGUCAACCCUGUUUUCGGAGGCUUCUUUUUUAAGACUAAUGAGUUGAACACACAUAACAGCAUCUUCCCUGCUGGCUGGACUGUCAUCAUCCAGACCGAGGAUUAUUCGGAUGAACAUCCUUCAAACAACGAUUCUGAAGCUACAGAGCUCCAAGAGGCGCCAGCCGAACGACAUCGACACAUACAUCCCUUCAGACUUCCAACUUUACGCAAUGAUAGCCUCUUUAUCUCUUCCAUUUCGAAUCCCUCGAGCAAUGAUUUUAAAGCUCCUAUCAGCCCCACCCGGCAGAUUGCGAUGAUGCUAUGGGCAACAUUAUACUGGUAUUUCCAUCAAUCAGAACCAUCCCCAUAUAUCACCACAGCCGCUUCAAAAAACACACCCGAUGCCGGAAAGCCAAAGGCAGAUUGGCGCAUACAUGUUAGGAGAGAAGGCGUGCUGCGGGGCCGCAACUUGAUACAGAAGCUUGAAAGAAUGGGGUUAAUUAUGUCGGAUGAUUCAUCAGUUGGUCUAGCGAUAGAUGAGAAUACGCCCGAGGGAUGGUCAAACAUGUUCACUUCAAGAAGAGCCUUCUGGCAACUGUCGGCACGGCUGUUCCUUUUCACUUUCAGUCCGAAUAUAUCUCUAGCUUCUCCGCAGAGCAGCCGACCGAGCUCACCCAUCCGUGAUACAACAAGCAGCCAGUCUUCCGCCAAUAAGAGAGACUCCACCGAUUCAUUUACUGCUUCGGGGUUAUGUUCGCCAGCUUCCAUUGGCCCUUUCUCAUCUGGGAGCCAUUUGCCGACAUAUUAUCCACCACCACCCACACAAUAUACGAAUACGUCAGGUGUACGCCAUCCCCUACGUCCCAAGCCACCCCGCCAAGGUGAAACAUUUUAUACACGUUACAUACCUAGUAUAGGGCAAUACUUAUCUUUUCGAGUCGCUUCCUUAUCCUCCAAGCCUGUGGUGUAUAACGGUCCAGUCUCAAGCUUAUCGCCCUUUCAAGACCAUGCCAAAACCACGUCGAUCUCCUCUAUUGGGGCCUGCUUAUCCGCGGAUUCGCAAACCGCGCACUCUCGCACUAUCCCACAUCAAACCGAAGAUACAACUCAAAUGACGGACCUCCAGCUUUUAAACCGUUGGAUGAAUAUCCCUCGGGUUGAUAGAUUUUGGGGCUGCUCUGGUCCAAUCGCUACACAGGAAGAAUUUCUCAAAGCCAAUCUGACAUCUAAUCAUUCGUUCCCCGUCAUUGGUCUCUGGGACGGAAAGCCCUUUGGAUACUUUGAAUUAUAUUGGGCAAAAGAAGAUAUCCUUGGGAAACAUGUAGGCGAUAGCGUAGGAGAUUUCGAUCGUGGUGUUCAUGUUCUGGUUGGUGAGCCUGAAUAUCGGGGAAAGCAUAGGGUGCAAUGCUGGAUCACUGCUUUGGCGCACUGGGCUCUAGUACAGGAUUACAGAACUAAUUCCUUCGUGCUCGAGCCGAGGGUGGACAACGAGAGGUUUAUCUCACAUUUGCAAGAAGCUGGCUUCGUUAAAGAGCGAGAAAUCACCUUUCCGCACAAGCAAUCCGCAUUCAUGAAGUUGCGAAGAGAAUGCUUCGAAGCGCCUGUAUUAUGAUUGUUUUAACACUAAAUUCAACCUCGAUCACCAAAGAGAAUGAAACGUUUCUGCCCACAGGUAAAAAUUUACCGUGCUAAUACGAUAACACGAUAGUUGUACGACGCCGACCUUCUCAUGAUCAAAAUAUCAUGAAAAGUCUCGCGCCAGUAAGUCGCUGCUCGUAUGGACCAUAACACACUCAAGUGAUCAAUGGUGCCGCACAAAUCGACCAUUCCUCUACGUUGCGCAUCUACCCACAAUUAAUACUCCGCUCAAUAAUGUACCAUGUGGAAUUUCAUGACCAACUGACAAGCAAUACGUGCCGCCGUCAACUUACUUUGAAAUGCACUAUCCACGUCCGCCAAAUAGAAUAUGUGGGGUCUGAAGCAAUGAAACUCCUUGAUCUUAUGGUCAGUUAUGCUAAGGAAGGCAUGAUUGAUAUCGCGGGGAACUAUAACCGAUGUAUGUAUGUAUGUGCAUCAAGAUAGCCAGCCUGAGCUACAUUAGUUAUCAAGAAUAGAAGCAUUUUGAAACUCGGCUAUA